AUGAUGAUGAUGAUCAGAUCUGAAUUAGAUUCUACUUUGUCGGAGGUUGAUGACGAUGAGAGGUAUGGCCUGAGCUGGAGGUUGGCAGUUGAGACAAAUAAUACUGAGCGUCCGUGGAAGACGGUGCCACUACGUUGCUAUAAACAUGUUGAGAAUUACAUGGUUGGUGGACAAUACCAACUUGACAUGAACAUCAUCGUAGACCAAAUUGUUUUCUAUGCAAAAUCACAUAUUCCUGUUCCUAGUAAUAAAGAUGCAUGGAUAUUCGACGUUGAUGAUACAUGUAUCUCUAAUGUUCCUUAUUACAAAGCUAAUCGAUUCGGAUGCGAGCCGUUUGAUUCUACCAUGUUUAAGGCAUGGAUUAAUAAGGGAAUGUGUCCUGCAAAUCCUGUGAUAUUAAGAUUGUUUAAAACGUUGAUACAGAGAGGUUUCAAGGUGUUCUUAGUAACGGGUAGAUACGAAGAAACGCUUGCUAAAAUUACUACGGACAACUUACAUAAUCAAGGAUUUAUUGGAUAUCAACGCCUUAUUUUGAGGAGUGGUGAAUACAAAGGAAUGAGUGCAGUGAAAUACAAGUCAUCAAUUAGAAAAGAGAUAGAAAAUGAAGGUUAUAGAAUAUGGGGAAAUGUUGGAGAUCAAUGGACUGAUUUACAAGGAGAUUCUUUGGGCAAUCGUACUUUCAAACUCCCCAAUCCUAUGUAUUGCAUUUCUUAA